AUGGGGAACUGGGUGGUCAACCACUGGUUUUCAGCCCUGGUUAUUGUAAUUUGGCUGGGGCUGAACAUUUUCCUCUUUGUGACAUUCUUCUUGACGUUUGACAGGGAUGAAAAAUACCACUAUACAAGACGACUCCUGUGGUCUGCACUGGCUUGGGCACGUGCUUCAGCCAAAUGCAUCAACUUCAACAGCCUGCUGAUCCUGCUGCCAGUUUGCCGGAACCUUCUCUCCUUCCUGAGGGGUACCUGCUCAUGCUGCAGGCGCACCAUGAGGAAGCAACUGGACCACAACCUGACUUUUCACAAGCUGGUAGCCUACAUGAUCGUCCUGCACACAGCUAUUCACAUCAUUGCUCACCUGUGCAACUUUGAGUGGUACAACGAUGCCCAGCAAGCGACAGAUAACAGCCUGGCUUCUGUACUCUCUGAACUGCACCAGGAUGAUGGGCUGUGGCUGAACCCCAUCAAUUCCAACACUACGACACCUUUGCAUGUGGCAUUCACCACCAUUCCAGGCUUAACCGGCGUGAUAAUCACUUUGGCUUUGAUCCUUAUGGUCACCUCUUCCGUGGAGUUCAUCCGCCGGAGCUACUUCGAGGUCUUCUGGUACACCCAUCACCUCUUCGUCAUCUAUUUUGCAGGCCUCGUCAUCCAUGGCAUUGCAGGUGCCGUCCGUGGGCAAACGGCAGACAGCCUGAAGGAGCAUAAUCCAAAGGAAUGUGCACCCUACUAUACAGAGUGGGAUAAAGAGAGCAGCCCUCACAACUGCAAAGAGCCCGAGUUUGGGAGUAUCCCUGCUGAAUCCUGGAAAUGGGUUUUGGCCCCUCUGAUUCUCUAUGCCUUCGAACGAGUCUUGCGGUUUUGGCGUUCCUGUCAGGAAGUGGCCGUCACCAAGGUUGUCAAGCACCCCUCGAAAGUGCUUGAGCUGCAGAUGCGCAUGAAGGGUUUCAGCAUGGAAGUGGGGCAGUAUGUUUUCCUGAACUGCCCCUCCAUCUCCCACUGGGAAUGGCAUCCGUUCACCCUCACAUCCGCACCAGAGGAGGAGGACUUCUCUGUUCACAUCCGAGCAGCAGGCGACUGGACAGAGUCUCUAAUCGACGCCUUUGAGCAGCAGACUCCAAAGAUACCCAGGAUCAAGGUGGACGGCCCCUUUGGCACAGCCAGUGAGGAUGUGUUCCGGUAUGAGGUGGCCAUGUUGGUGGGAGCAGGGAUUGGAGUGACCCCCUUUGCCUCGGUGCUGAAAUCCAUUUGGUACAAGCUCCAGCAUGCUGAUCAGAAACUCAAAACUAAAAAGAUUUACUUCUACUGGAUCUGCCGUGAAACUGGGUCCUUUGGCUGGUUCAAGAACCUGCUGGCUUCCCUGGAACAAGAGAUGGAGAGCUCUGGCAGAGCAGGUUUCUUGAGCUACCACCUUUUUCUCACUGGCUGGAGCAGCAGUAUGGUUGGUCAUGCAGCGCUCAACGUUGACAAAGCCACGGAUGUGGUGACAGGCCUGAGGCAGAAGACAUCCUUUGGGAGGCCCAUGUGGAGCAAUGAAUUUUCAGCGGUGGCAGCUGCACAUCCCAAGUCUGUGGUGGGUGUUUUCCUGUGUGGACCAGGCCCACUGGCUAAAUCUCUGCAAAGGUGCUGCCAUCAACACUCCAGCCUGGAUCCGAGGAAGGUCCAGUUCUACUUCAAUAAAGAGAACUUCUAG